AUGGUCAUCAUCCAGUGCAUCUAUGCUGUCUGCCUGGUGGGUCUGGUGGGCAAUGCACUGGUCAUCCUCAUCCUCCUCUACAUCAAGAUGAAGUCAGCCACCAAUAUCUACCUCCUGAACCUAGCCAUCUCUCAUGAACUCUUCAUGCUGAGCUUACUCUUUAUGGUGUCUGCUGUCCUGUGCCACUGUCCUUUCGGGGGCGCUGUGGGGUACCAUGUGGUGCUAGGCAUGGACGUCCUCAACAUGUUCAUGAGUGUCUUCUGCCUUAAAUGUUCAUUGUGGACCUACCCUCUGCUCACAGACACAUACCGGCAGCCCAGCAUGGCCAAGCUGAUUAAUUUGGGUAUGUGGCUGUCAUCCUUGCUGGUGAUCCUGACCACUGCCAUCUCAGAUGCCACGCUGGCUCAGAGCAGCCUGGCCUUGGCCUGGAACCUGCACUGACCACACUCAGCCUGGUGGGUGGUCUACAUGAUCUAUACUUUCCUGUUGGCCUCCCUGUUGCUGGGCCUGACCAUCAGCCUGUGCUAAGUGCUUAUCAUGGGUAAGAUGCUGGCAGUGGCCUUAGGGGCUGCCUGACAGCAGCAGAGAUGCUCAGAGAUCAAGUGGCUGGUGCUGAUGGUGGUGGCUGUCUUUGUGCUUUGCUGGAUGUCUUUCUAUGUGGUGCAGCUAAUGAAAGUGUGACCAACUGAUGACACGAUCAACCAUGUGUCCCUCAUUCUCAGCUAUGCCAACAGCUGUGCCAAUCCCAUCCUCUAUGGCAUCCUCCCUGACAACUUCUGCCAUUCUUUCCAGCAGGUUCUCUGCUUGUGCUGCUGCCUCCUGGAUGCUGCUGGAAGUGCUAAGGAAGAGCCCCUGGACUACUAUGCCACUGCUCUCAAGAGCAGAGGUAGGCCAGAAUGCACAUGUUCCCCACUCCGACAACAGGAACCCAUGCAGCCAGAACCCAGUUGCAAGUAGGUGCCCCUCACCAGUACCACCACAGUCUGA